GUUCCGCGUUAAAGCCUUCAGGUACAGGGUGUGAAGCAGUUAGGCGGAAAACCCCAAGACAUGGGACGCCUUUCUGUAGCUUAAACUGCUAAACAUGGACGCUUUAGACGGUUGAAGAUGACAUAAAAUAAAAAGCAGUCGGAAUAUGGUCAAUAUGGGCGUGUGUUGUCGGAGCCUGAAGGAUGCCAAGGUCCUGAUGAAGAUGGGUUUGGGUCUGGUGCUGGUGGGUCACGUGACCUUCCUGUUGGGGGCGCUGGUGCUCGGCACCGUGCUGCGAGACGUCAAAGUGAACGCUCAGACCGCCACCAUCGAGUACGCCAUCUCCAACAUCAUCGCCCUCGUCGCCGGCCUGGUGGCGGUUAUGGGUGGGAUAUCGGCCAUCACGCUUUCUAAAAACAUGAAGAACCAGCCCUUGAAAUGGUGGUUAUUGGUGGUGAGCAUCAUGACCUGCGUUUUUGGCGCAGCCUCUGCCAUCAGCGUCUCAGUCUCCAUGGUUACGGCCAUCCACAACGACGGCUCGAGCCUGCUGAAGCAGUGCAAGCUGAACGGCACCGUCAACACCUACAGCAUCACCCACGAGUGUCCCUUCGACCCCACGCGCAUUUACGGGACGACGCUGACCCUGUGGGUGCUGCUCAUCCUCAUGUCGGUGGUGGAGGUGGUGUUUUCGGCUCGCUGUUUUGCAGCCUGCAUCGACUUCCUGUACCUUCCGUGUCCCUGGAGGAAGAGACCGAAAAAAUCCAGGGUGCGUAUCCGGGUGCCGAAGAACUCCGCCCCGCCGUCUCCCGUCAGCUCCCCGGUCGAGGAGUAUCCUGCAGAGCGGCACGACCUCCUGAACACCGCCUCGCCCACUGAGGAAAACAGCUGGCUGUGAGCUCGAGCGCCGCCUCACCUUCCCCCAGUCACCUUCCCCCAGUCACACACACAGGUUCUGAGAUCAGCUCCCACUUCCUGUGUGCGUACAAUAAGGGUCAAAAGUCUCAGUCCAGCAUCAUGAACUGCUUUUAUUUCAUUAUUUAGACCAAUCAGAAUCCAGAAUUCAACAGUGCUGUGGCGUAGAGCUGUGCGCAGCUGUGUGUUAGGAGUGUAAACGCUACAGCUUGAAUAAAACAUACAGAAACUAAUUUGGAUUAUAUGAUACUGGAAUGGAUUUUAAUUUCUAAAUUUCUCUAACAGCUAAAAAUGAAGAAUGAAGUAAAGUAUGAAAUAUAUUGAGUUCAUGGUGGUGGACUUUUGGACUCUGUUGAAACAGACUUUGUGAGGGGGUAAAAAAAAUAUGGCGUCUUCACGUGAGGCUUUUUUUUUUUUUUUUUUUUUUUUUUUUUUUUUUUUUUAAAUAUCUAUACCUGAGCCUUAAAUUUACAAUGCUGAUGUGAAAUCAGCUCCAGCUGCCACUAUAGAAGCCAAAAAGCUGUUUUUAGAUCAGCUGUCUUUCUCUAGAAAGGUCAAUACAACUAAAUUAUUUUACUGUGAAACAUCGAGAGCAGUCGCUUCAUCUGAGAGCACAAUUAGUCCUCAAAGCUCGUGUCAUUUCCAACAUCAGAUUCAUUUGUACUGUUGUAAUAUAUGUUGUUUGUGUAGAAGAACACAAAAGAAAGUAUGCUACUGCAUUGUUUCACUUUUCUUUUGUUUUCCGCCAUUUUCUCUUGGUCAGUUUCAGGUGGGCGGAGCUAUAUUGGGCUCUCGCUGUUGUAGGAAGUAUAGUGACUCCUUCAUUGCUUACGCAGCCUCUUUGAUGCAUUUUUACCGAGUUAUAGUGUUUUUAGCAAAUGAGUGGAUGGUAAAGCUCAACAGCACACACACACACACACACACACACCAGUCUUAUACUGCCCCAGAAAUAUUCCUAAAAUGCACCGGAUAUGUUUUAACUCUCAACUCGUGUCACAAACAACACACUUUGACCCGCUUUUCUAGCACUACAGUGUUGACGAGUUUGCGUUUACGUUGCCAUUGACCUCAUGAUCAUCAGACCUCAUGAUCAUCAGACCUCAUGAUCAGAUUCAUGAUCAAUGUGCCAUUUGUGUUCCUCUGAUAUUACUUUUACAAAUACGUAUGUAGACUACAAACAAUCUGUGUGAAUGUUUCAGAUAAAUAGCAGGCACCAAAUUUGAAUUAAUGUAGUGUUUAAAUGUAAUUAUAAUUUAAAUAGAAUUCUAAAUCCUUGUUCAAUAUGAUUCUCACUGCAGACUGUUGUACGUUUCAUCAACAAAUGCUGCCAAGUUUCGCCUAAUAAGUACGUACGUAAGUAGAUUUUAUUUCUAGAGCAUGUUUAAACACAGCUUACACUGACCAAAGUGCUGUAGAAAGGACAUAAAAACAUAUUAAAAAAUCAAAUAAAAUAUCAAAUAAAUAAAUAAAAUAAUAACAAAUAAAUAUAAUAAAUAAAUUUGGUGAAAAUAUCAAAUAAAUAAGCAUAUAAAAAUACAUAGAGAGACAUAUACCAGUGAUACUGACACACAGUAACAGCAACAACGACAGGCAACAGCAGAGGAUCAGCACAGAGUUACAGACAUAACGGACUGACAGACUAGUGGGCCGAGAAGGCCAGAGAAUAAAACCGUCUCUUGAUUUAAGCUUGGAUUUAAAAGCAGAAAUGGAAGGAGCACUUUGAAUGUCGAGUGGCAACCGGUUCCACAGGCGUGGAGCAGCGACUGCAAAGGCUCUGUCACCGUUCAGUUUGCGCCGUGACCGUGGGACGUGUAAGACAACUUUGCUGGCAGUUUAACAGAAAGCGGUAACUUGACUGACGUGACGGGCGACUGAUCUCACACCUCGUCCUGCAGCUCGUCCAGAUCUCCAUAUUAAUCCUCGAGGUGUUGUUCUGUCACGAUGUCACUGAUGAUGACUCGAAGCCUCGGUUAGACAUUGCUCCGAGAGUUCGGGUCGAGGUUUGUCAAGCUGUUUAGUCUGUACCAUGUCCGUGCGUAUUCAGUCUCCAAGCUCCAGUCACUUCCCGUUUAAAGAAACACAGCCACUGUGCACUUACAGUACACUAUUCUGUUGUAGAAUUAAAUAUUAUCAACAUGAUAUAAAUAUUAACAACUAAUAGCAUAGUAAACUCUACUAACACACUCAUAUAUAUCUCAUAUAUAUUAUUUAAAAUUUAAUAUCUAGGAUACAAUAAAUCUGUAAUAAAUGUUAAAGAUUUCCUUUAUCUGACAAGGCUUACAUUUUAUUUCUGUUUAAUCCUUUUCUGGUCCAAAUUUUCGCACUUACAUGCUACACAGGUCAGUAUUCUUGUGACCACAGGAAAGACUGUGCUCUCGCGUGAAAUCUCUGUUCCUGUAGUUUGGGAAUGAAAUAAGAGCGUAAACCUCUGCUAUGGAGUUGAGUGUUACUGUUUUAUAAAAAUGGAGAAAAAAAUACUUCCAUUAAAUAAGCCUUAGUGAUAUUUUACCAAUAUUCUUUUUCACCACUAGGGGUCAGUAGUGGACAUGUGAAGCCUCAAGAAGUGUCACUACAGAAAACUCUUUAAAUGAGAAUUAUAUGGUGCUGGUUGUGUCACACGGCAGUGCAGAGAGCCAAUCAGAUUGCAGCCUUAAACGUCGUGACGCUUGUAGCCGAGAAUGGAAGUGGAGAAUAGCCACACUUCUUCUUUUCGUCUUUAACUAUUCUGUUUUUGUUGUAAAUUUUAAAAAAGAAUUAUGAAGGUCUGUGAAAACUAUAGGCUAAAUCAUUUACAUAAAUUGGCUGCCACUGAGGAUCUGAUACAAAACCGUGAUGGUUUGUGAUUUAAAACACUGCCAGCUUUUUUAUACGCUUCGACCUCAGAAGAGAAGAGAACUGCAGCAGAGCCGAUAAGUUGGAUCCGCCGUCCACCAGUUGACGACUCCUGUAAUAGAUUAGCAGUGGUGUAGGGGAAAGGGAAAUGAUCACGCAUAUGGACCGUGAACAUUAGCGAGAAGAAUAGAAGGAUGUUGUAAUCGCAGUAAAAGGCGAGAGUAUUUCAUAUAAGACAGUUUUUCACACUUUGUUGUUAGUAGCAUUUCAGAACUUGCGGUGAGAUCGUGAUCAACGGCAGCACUGUAGCAUCGAACAUCUGCGGAAAUGUUCGACAAACUCGGAAAAGCUAGCCAUUUAUACGUCACAAUUUAAAGGUUCGUCCCACACACACUGGUCGCUUUUCUGCGUUUGUCAAAAUACAUUUCUCCGGACAACAUGUGAUCUGUCCAUUCAGAUAAAGACGGUGUAUCCCCACGUUUCAGGCGUUUCCAGCCAGCAGAACUGGAGUAGUCAGGUUCUUUAAAAUGCCGAAUACAGAUACGUGUCCUGCUUGUUAAAACGCUCCCCUCAUCCCGGAGAACAGCACAAAGCCGUUUCUUUGUCACCAGCACGUCGGUGGGAAAUGAGAGAAAGCUCAGGUACGGAUGAUCGCAUGAAUUAUUUGUGCAUUUAUAAACGCUGCAGUGAUUACGAGCUGUGUUUGUUGCCAUUGUUCACUAUCUCACUAGAAUGCUACUACAUUUGUAACAUAUGUGAGAAAAGGUCUAUCAGUCUAUUAAUCCAGAACAAGCCUUUUUAUUUAUUUAUUUUUUUUUUCAUCUCGCAGAUUUUCAGUGCUUUGUUACACUGCUAACAAGUUUUCAGCUACAGCUAGCUGAAGUCGUUAAAAGGCUUGAGUUUAGAUUUUGGAAAUUGUAUUAGAAAAGGUUUAAUAUGUAAAAUCCAAAACCAGAGAAAAAAAGCACUGUUCAGCAAAUCAGAUUUCCAUAAAAAAAAAAAUUUUUUUUUUGUAUGAUCUCGGUAUGAUUUCCGUUACUGCAGGAAGGAAAUUCUCUCAUUUUUAUUUUUGCUGAUAAAUAAUGUAAAUGUAUGAUAUGGAGUUAAACAUGUUACUGUUUUGUAAAAAGGAGAAAAAGGCACUUUGAUGUUAAAGAAAAAGCCAUAGUGAUAUUUUACUCUUGAUAACGGUUCAUUGUUGAUGUUUCUGUAUGACGGAGGUAAUAACUGAGGUUUUUAAUGUUCUCCUAUGUGGAUAUGAAUUAUAUUAAAAUACACACACUCUCUAGUGAUAUGUCUAUAUGCUGUUUUAAUUCAUGAUAUUGCAGGUAUCAUUUAGUUUCAUUUGAGAGGUUUAGAGCAAUAAAACCUAUCAGUCAUGUCACAAUGUUAAAUUUGACAUUCUCCAUCUGGUUAACUCCUUUGCUUUGUUUUAUUCUUUGUAUAGAAGUUUAUUUUUUGUAAACUUUGAAUGGAAAAAAACUUUUGAAAUGAAACGUCAUGGUGACUAUUGUGCAGCUGUUCUUAAGUAUCGUGAUGUAUAUCAUUUCCGUGUUAAAACAGUAUAUAUUGUGUGUAUUGCAGAAAGCUUUUUGAGCUCAGCCCUAGAUACCCAAUUGUAUUGGUUUGUCUCAUGCUUCAGUGCUUUUUGUGUUAUUAAAUUUAUAAUGUCAUGCUUUUACACUUACAUUUCCAUUACAGAAUGCUAUACUUUGUCUAUGAAAAUAAACUUUAAACCAAACUGUA